AUGGGGGUUUCAGGAGAUAGUUUGGUCGUCAGCAAUUCACUUCCGGCCCAGUGCUCGGUGUUUUCCGCUGAGGCAGCGGCCGUCUUUCACGCAACCACCCUUCCGGCCAAUCGGCCGAUCCUCAUCGUUACCGACUCACAAAGCGCAAUAAUGGCCCUAACCGAUGAAGCACCAAAGCAUCCGUGGAUACAAGGGACGGUAACGCAUGCGCCGCCCAACACCGUAUACAUGUGGGUACCCGGGCACUGUGGCAUCCAGGGGAACGACAUCAAAAAAUGGAUCAAGCGGACGGUUCGGAGAGCGUGGGACAACGAGUGGAGGAACAAUCGAACUCACCAACUACGAAAAAUCAAGGCGACCACCGAUCCCUGGAAGGAUCGACCGAGCCUCAAGGAGCAGCAAGUGGUGUCCAGGCUGCGCACCGGGCAUAGCAGGGCCUCCCAUAAUUUCGGAGGAACACCGUUCCGGAGAACCUGCGAAACCUGCGGAGUGCCAGCCUCCGUAGAACACAUCCUCAUCAACUGUGUGGAGCUCGAGGACCUUCGGGUUGCCUUCGGUCUGGAGGGAACCAGCAUACGAAGUCUGCUUGGCGACGAGUCCCCGGCAGCAGACGCCCUCAUCGCCUUCCUGAAGGAGGCGAAUCUUUUUUACAACAUUUGA